AGCUGGAGGGUACGCACAGGACGGCGGCAGAGAAGGCCAGUGAGCAGGCGGAGAGAUGGCGACGGGCGCAGACGUGCGGGACAUCCUGGAGCUUGGUGGCGUAGAGUCGGAGAACACAGGCACCAUCAACAAAAAGGAUAUCAUCAACUCGGAUAAGAAAAAAUCCAAGAAAUCUUCAGAGACACUGACGUUUAAGAGGCCGGAAGGAAUGCACCGAGAGGUUUAUGCACUCCUCUACUCUGACAAAAAGGAUGCGCCUCCGCUGCUGCCAAGUGAUACAACUCAGGGUUAUCGAACAGUCAAAGCAAAACUGGGGUCCAAGAAAGUCCGACCUUGGAAGUGGAUGCCCUUCACCAACCCAGCAAGAAAAGAUGGAGCAAUGUUCUACCACUGGAGGAGAGCAGCAGAGGAAGGGAAGGACUACCCUUUUGCCAGGUUCAAUAAAACGGUGCAGGUACCUGUGUACUCGGAGCAGGAGUACCAGAUGUAUCUCCAUGAUGAUGCGUGGACCAAAGCUGAGACAGACCACCUUUUUGACCUGGCUCGGCGUUUUGAUCUGCGCUUCGUGGUGAUUCAUGACCGCUAUGAUCACCAGCAGUUCAAGAAAAGAUCAGUGGAGGACCUGAAGGAACGAUAUUAUCACAUCUGUGCCAAGCUGGCUAAUAUUCGUGCAGCUCCAGGCACAGACCUGAAGAUCCCAGUCUUUGAUGCUGGCCAUGAGAGGCGAAGGAAGGAACAACUGGAAAGGCUGUACAAUAGGACACCAGAGCAGGUGGCAGAAGAAGAAUACCUCAUCCAAGAGCUCCGCAAAAUUGAAACCAGAAAGAAAGAGAGAGAAAAGAGAACCCAAGACCUGCAGAAGCUCAUCACAGCUGCUGACACCACCACUGAACAGAGACGUGCCGAGCGCAAGGCUCCCAAGAAGAAGCUGCCACAGAAGAAGGAGACGGAGAAGCCUGCUGUUCCUGAGACUGCUGGCAUCAAGUUUCCUGACUUCAAAUCUGCAGGUGUCACGCUGCGAAGCCAGAGGAUGAAACUGCCAAGCUCGGUGGGACAGAAGAAGAUUAAAGCCCUGGAGCAGAUGCUGAUGGAACUCGGAGUAGAUCUCAACCCUAUGCCCACAGAGGAGAUCGUGCAGAUGUUCAAUGAGCUGCGGAGUGACCUAGUGCUGCUGUAUGAGCUGAAGCAAGCCUUUGCCAACUGCGAAUAUGAACUGCAGAUGUUACGGCACCGCUAUGAGGCCCUGGCCAAAGCUGGUAGUAUUGGCCCCCUCAGUGCAGAAGGCGCCCAUCCAGAUGGCCAGGCAGUGCUCGGCAUCGAGGAGGGCAAGGGAGAUGCCAAGGACCAGAUCAUUGAUGUAGUAGGAGCACCACUGACCCCCAACUCGAGGAAGUGA